AUGCCUUGCGUAGUGACUACACUCGAGUACCUGAAGGAUCUUGAGCUCUAUCAAUUGGAAAAGCCCUAUUUCUGUUUGAUGCCUGCCAGCGACGCUACUCAGGUCGACAAUGAGCAGAUAGAUAACCUAGAAUUUGAGUCACAUCAUGACAUCCGAAUCGAAGAUAUCCGGCCGCUCAAAGAAAAGUACGAGUUGGACGAGUACGGAUUUGAAGUACUAUCCCAUACUUCACGAUUCCUGGACCUCCACUCGGAAAACGGUCUCAGCUCCACUAUGGCCUUAGCAGAAUAUCAAAUCGAGACCGAGGAUAUGCUCAAUUCUCACCUCGGUGCUGUUUUUGUCAAGUGUUAUGAUAUCGUGAUGAGGAGAAACAUAAUAAUUGACGAAACUGUUUUUGACUUGAAGGACCAAAUGCAUGUCAUAGGUCCUGCCCGUGGCGCCCAUAAUGAUAUUACCUACCACUCCGGUCCAAACAUCAUCAACCGAUACUUAUCGGACGAUGAAAAGCAGCGGUACUUCAAGCCAGGUUACAGGUUCAGAAUUGUAAAUACAUGGAGGAGCACUCUGCCUGUGCUUGAAGAUCGACCAUUAGCUCUUUGUGACAGUCGAACUGUUGCGCCUUCGGACUUGAUUGCAUGCGAUCGUAUCAUUCCGGACCGUGUAGGGGAAGUGUACUACCUGAAAUACAACUCGCAGCAUAAAUGGUAUUGGUUAUCAAGACAAACUUGUUUUGAGCCACUUGUAUUUGUACUAUAUGAUACUAAAGCUGGUAACCAUGCUCGAUUUUGUCCACAUGUCUCCUUUCCAAAUCCCGAGGCACCUAUAAAUGCCCCGCCACGUCGAAGUGUAGAGACAAGGUCCAUCGUGGUUACUCAAGAGUGA